CCAAGCUGAGAACGAGUGAUAAGCACAAAUGAUAAUAAAAUACCUACUCUGUGGGAGACUGUUUGCGAGUACAUAGUCCAAGAAAUAGUGAUUUUUGAUAGUUUGUUUGUGUAGUGUUGAUACCAAAUGUCGGUAACUGUGAAUUAGUAUACUAUUUUUUAAUAUUAAAUUAUUUUUGUACUUAAUUUUUUUUAGUAAAAGAAGUAACAAUGACGUGCCAGGUCAGGGUGGCACAAGGCGUGCUGCAAGGGAAGAAGUGUACGACUUAUAACGGGAAGGAAUAUUACAGCUUUGAGGGUAUACCCUAUGCGAAACCACCUGUUGGGAUACUUAGAUUUCAAAACCCUCAAGAUCCCGAGCCCUGGUCAGGAGUACGAGACGCAACAAAGCCAGGGAAUAGAUGCGCACAAAUGAACUUAAAUAAUGGAAAAAUAGAGGGUUCGGAAGACUGUUUAUACUUGAACGUAUACACGCCAAGUUUACCCGCCGAAAAGUUAGAAAAAUUGCCAGUUUUAUUUUUUGUUCAUGGCGGCAGAUAUUUGGUAGGCUACGGUGAUUGGUAUCGACCAGAUUACUAUAUACAGCACGAUGUUAUUUUUGUCACAAUAAACUAUAGAUUACACAUACUAGGAUUUCUAUGUCUUGAUCUACCUGAGGUUACUGGUAACAUGGGACUUAAAGAUUCAGUUAAAGCUUUACGAUGGGUGAAUAACAAUAUAGCUAAUUUUAACGGUGAUGCAAAUAAUAUAACGGUUUUUGGUGAAAGUGCAGGAGCAGCUACUGUUACUUCGUAUUUAGUUACUAAAAUGGCUGACGGACUUUUCAGUAAAGUGAUUGGUCAAUCGGGAUCAUUUCUAGCUGAUAUAUUUUUAAAAGUUGAUAAUCCUAUAGAAAAAGCAGCCCACAUAGCUUCCCUCUUAGGCCGUGAUAUUAAAAAUCCAAAAGAAUUGCGAGAUUUAUUUAUAAAUAUUUCUUUAGAGGAGUUAAUAAAUGCAUACUUUAUGGUGGAGUUGAGUAAACCUACUUAUAUCAUUGAAUCAUUUUUAUUACCUGUGAUAGAAAAAGAUUUCGGCGUUGAACGAUAUUUUGACGAAUUUCCAAUUGAAACGAUACGAAAAAAUGAACACAAAAAGGUCCCAAUGAUUACUGGAAUUAGUCUAUACGAAGCUGCAUUAUUUUUAAAACGAGACAACGAAGGAAAAAUUACAUAUGAAAAUGACUUCAAAUAUUUCGUACCACGAUAUUUAAAUUUGAAGUAUGAUAGUCAAAAGUCAUUAGAAAUUAUGAAGGAAAUGCGUAACUAUUACUUUAAAGGAAAACAAGUAGAUGAUAGUAUGAGGGAAAAGUUUGCCGUGUUCUUAUCAGACGUAUACUUUAAUAGAGACAUAAUUUUCCUUCCGGAAUUAUUGCAAAGGAAUAAUGAAAAUAUAUUUUUUUACAUAUUUUCAUAUAUCGGAAGUAUAAAUAUAAAGAUUUUAAAAUCUCUAGGUCUUAAAGGAACAAUGCACGGCGAUAUCGUGCAGUAUGAAUUUUACAGAAAGAAUAAAUUUGAAAUAUGCACGGAACGUGACAAACAAAUGAUAAAUUUCUUGAGUGAGGCUUGGUGCAAUUUCGCUAAGAACGGCAAACCCACUUGGUCAAACCAGCAAGUAGCGUGGGAACCGUACAAAGACGAUUCAAGGCUCUGCCUAGAAAUAGAUGAUGAGAAGAAAUUAAUUAAAAAUCCUGUGUACGACAGAUACAAGUUCUGGGUUAAUCUUUGUGGGGAACGGUCUAAAUUAUAGAAGUAAAUCAAAUGUUAACACAUGGGUAGUACUGGUUAUUGGCAUUCCACAAGGCAUAAUACUAGGUCCUAAUUUUAAUUGUGAUUAAUAUAUUAAAUAUAUGGACAACGUAACGAACGACCAAACGACCAAACCAACAUAUACGUUGGUUUGGUCAUUUGGAGUGGUUGGAUGAAAGAAGAAUUACGAAAGAGAUUUAUCGAGCAAGAAUGAAUGGAGAUGUCGGUAGGGGCCGCCCUAGACGGACGUAUGUCGACAAAAUAGGCGACGUGCUGAAGAAGGGCCAAAUUAAAAGUACCCGUAACCGGCGAGCGUGUAUGACAAGAUUGAUGAAUGUGGAAGAAGCGAAAGAGGUUUGUUUGAAUCGAAGCAUUUGGCGUUCCAUUGUUUCUGCCUACCCUAAUGGGAGACAGGCGUGACAGAUAUGUAUGUAUGUGUGUAUGGACAAUGAACUACUUAAAUAACACAGCAGUGUUGUGGAGAUGAAUAUGGGUCGGGAACACAAAUAAUUAUGUACAAUUUAAUUGUAAACAUAAGUUACUUAAUUUAUAUAAUACAUAUUAAUAUUUAUUAUUGUUAUUAUCCUGUUGUAUUUUUUAUAUUUUAAUAAUGAGAAUUUUGUUUAAAUAAAUAUUUGAAAUUGUG